AUGAAGAGAGGUUUCGCGACUAAAUCAGAAAGCAAGAAGAAGCGCACCAAGACGUAUCACUGUGCCAAGGAACAAUACAACAAAGGCAAAGGAGCGUUUGCUAUUCAGACAGAUAUGAGUGGUGUACUCGUCAUGUGCGCUCGCGGAAAAGAAGGCCGAGCGGUGAAAGAAGCAUUGGACGUAUUCCAAGAUUAUGCCAAUGUUUUAUAUCCUGCCGAAACUACGGCUGACACCAACGAGGAUGAGGAAGACGAUGACGAUGACAUUGAAGCUUCUAUCGCAAAAGAAGUCGCUGCUAUGAAAGCACCAAAACAAAAGAAACGUUUUGCGAAUAUCAGCACAAAUACGGGUUGUCUUGCUUUUAUUAGGACUUUGCCCCCGAUUGAACCCGUGCAGUUUGUGCAUUCGAUCUUAACAGACAUCAACGAAAAGCAGAUUCAAAAGACGCGAUAUAUUUCCCGAUUUUUGCCAGUCGAAAAGACCUGUCAAUCGAAUUUACCAGAAAUUGAAAGAGUUGGUGCGCAAGUCAUUAAACCCAAAUUUGAUACCGUCGAUGACGCAGGCAAUCCAAUUGUUAAAACAUUUGCCAUUGUUGCCCGCAUCCGCAAUUGCACGAAAUUGGACCGAGCACAAGUCAUACAAACGUUGGCCAGUGUCGUUGGUUCUCCGCAUAAAGUGGAUCUCGAGAAUCCAGAAUACACAAUCAUUGUGGAAGUGUGUCAAGUAAGUAAGAGAGGAGAAAAGGGAUGA